AUGGACUGUGCUGCAGGGGUCGAGCGGAAGUUACAGUCCACGGGUUGUGGCUACUCCUCACGAGCCAGCCAGCUCUAUGACCUGGACACCACCUCGGCCGCGUCCAGUGGAGACCUGCUCCUGGACUUCAAGCCGGUGACCAGUGAGGCUGAUCUUCAGAGCAGUCGCAGCCCCUCCCAGGCUCGCCAGCUAGGGCUUUCGCCGGCGCUGGGCCGGGAGGGAUCCACCUGGAGCACCGAGGCCUCCCGGGCGCUUUACAACGUCGAUGGAUGGGGUUGUGGCUAUGUCGACAUUGCCGAGGAGGGGAACCUGGCCAUCCGCCCUUUGGGAGAGGAUGGCCCGGCGGUGGACUUGCCGCAGCUUGUGGAACACCUGAAGGAGCGCGGCCUGCUGCCUCCCCUCCUCCUCCGCUUCCCGUCCAUUGCAUGCCACCGCCUGGAGAAACUGAGGGACGCUUUCAGAGCUGCCAUCGAACGCUUCGAGUAUCAGGGAUGCUUCAGGUCCGUGUUUCCUGUAAAAUCCAACCCGGACCGCCUGCUCCUUCAAGGCAUGCUCGACUACAGUUGGUCCCAUGAACACGGGCAUGGGCUGGGCCUGGAGGUGGGCUCCAAGGCCGAGCUGACCAUGGCCCUGAGCAUGAUCCCCCUCCCGGCAAGCCCCGCCUUCAACCUCAUCUGCAACGGGUGCAAGGACGCCGAGUAUAUGGAGCUGGCCAUGCACGCCGGCGAGCUGGGAGUGAACGCCGUGGUGGUGAUGGAGCAGUACAGCGAGGUACGCCUGGCGCUGCGCGUCGCCGCCAAGCUGGGGGUCAGGCCCCGGCUGGGGGUUCGGGCCAAGCUGGCCACGCGGCACUCGGGCCACUGGGGUAGCACCUCAGGGGACGGCGCCAAGUUUGGCCUGCGCGCCCGCGAGAUCGUGGCCGCUGUCGGGGAGCUGGCCGCAGCGGGCAUGCUGGACUGCCUGGUGCUCCUCCACUUCCACGUGGGCUCCCAGAUCACCAACAUCCGCAUGGUUAAAGAGGUCAUGCGGGAGGCGUCUUUCCUCUACGCUGAACUGGUCAAGGCACGUGCGGGAAAUGAGAUGGGCGCGGGGCUGCGCUUCCUGGACGUCGGUGGUGGGCUGGCCGUGGACUACGACGGCUCCUUCACCGACUCCGCGGCCUCCAUGGCCUACAGCCUGCAGAGCUACGCCAACGACAUCGAGGUGUGCGUGCACCGCGGCAUCCCGCCCCCCACCCUGAUCUCCGAGUCGGGCCGGGCUGUGGCCUCCCACGCCACGGUGGUGGUGUUCGACGUGGUCAACCACCCUGUCCGCUGCGAGGAGCUGCGGGAGGAGGAGGAGGAGGUGGUUGACAGCGUGGAGUUCAGCCUAGACAGGCCGCUGACCAAGCAGCUGAAGGCCGCCGCCAGCCGGGGCAAGGGGCGGUACCUACUGACCACCUUCAAGGAGGUGUUUGACAACAUUACCGCGGACGCCUUCUCUCUGCGCGAGUCCUACUCCGACGCCUGCUACUUCAAGGAGGACGCGCUGCGCGCCUUCAAGCUGGGCGUGCUGAGCCUGGUGGAGCGCGCGCGCGUGGACGUCAUGUUUGACGCCACCUGCGACCGCAUCCGCACUCUGGCGGGGGAGCACUCGCUGCCGCUGCCGGACGCGCUGCAACCCACCGCGGUGCCCGGGGUGCGCCUCUACCACGUGAACCUCUCCGUCUUCCAGUCGGCGGUGGACGCGUGGGGCAUCGGCCAGCUGUUCCCCGUCAUGCCCCUGGCCCGGCUGGGUGAGGAGCCGCGGGGCGAACCCUACCGCCUGGCCAUGUUCCUCACCGGGGUCUACCAGGAGGUCAUGGGCUCCGUGCACAACAUGUACGGCCGGCUGAACACCGCCGUGGUCUGGGCGGAGCCAGGGAGGGCGGGGGUGCAGCUCGUGCACGUGCGUCGAGGGGAGAGUGUCGGGGAGGUGCUGGUGCACCCGGGCUACGACCCGGCCACCAUGAUCCAGAGAGUGCACGAGGCCACCAUGCUCAGGGUCAACGCGGGGAACCUGCCCAUGCGACGAGCGGAGGUCAUCAUGCAGUGCUACCGAGAGCGCAUGGCGGGGUACACGUGA